AUGUACGCUAUAGAACAGGAAAGGGCCCAUCCGCUGCCACAGCCCCCUCCUCUCUCAAUGGACCGCAUCCCUGCCCCGUCCGCCGCCUAUCCCACCCCCGGCUCCGCUUCUCUUCUUCCCUCCGAUCACCUCGCCCCCAUCGAGACCGAAUAUGAUGGUCGCAAAUGGUCCUUACAGGUCGUGCAACAGCCAAUCCGCGCCCGGAUGUGCGGCUUUGGUGACAAGGACCGAAGACCCAUCACUCCACCCCCGUGCAUUCGACUCAUCGUGCGCGAUAUCCACUCCGGCAAAGAAAUUGACAUCAAUGAGAUCGACACAUCCUUCUACGUCCUCACCGUUGACCUAUGGAACGCCGAUGGUACCAAUGAGGUAAACCUGGUUAAACACUCCGCUACUUCGCCCUCCAUCUCGACCGCCAUGUCCUCCUCAUACCCUCCCCCACCUCAAAACAACAUCUCCCCAACCUACGCCGGAUAUGGUCAAAAUGCCUACGGAGCCCAGCCAGUCGGAUAUCCCGCCAUGAACUACUACGGUGGCGGGCAGAUGUAUCCGAAUCAACACCCAUAUGCCCAGCAACCGGUCGGCUAUCCAUCCUACGGGUUUCCCCCGGGUGGCCAAAUGCCCGCCGCCAUGUCCCCUGCGCAACCUGUCUCGGGCGGCCCUGGAGGAAUGUUCACCCGCAAUCUAAUCGGUAGUCUAAGCGCCAGCGCAUUCCGAUUGACCGAUCCGGACAACAAGAUCGGCGUAUGGUUUAUUCUGCAAGAUCUGAGUGUGCGGACUGAAGGCUCAUUUCGGCUGAAGAUGAGUUUCGUUAAUGUUGGAACGCCAUCUACCGAUUCAAGUAAUGGUGCCCCUGUGAUCAACCAGGGCUCAGCCCCCGUUCUCGCUUCCGUCUUUAGUGAACCUUUCCAAGUCUUCUCCGCCAAGAAGUUCCCCGGUGUCAUCGAGAGCACCCAACUGAGCAAGUGCUUCGCGCUGCAGGGUAUCAAAAUACCUAUCCGAAAGGAUGGAGUAAAGGGACCUCGUGGCCGAGGUGGGGACGGCGACGACGACGACGGUGACGACUAUUAA